AAAAUAUUUCGCAGUACUGUAUCUCUCCCCACCUGUCCAAUGCUAUCUCCAGAUAAGCUUAUCCGGUGCAGACUUUCUUUCGGUUGAACGAAGCUUCGAAAAUGUGUCUUGUGCAAGAAUGUGUCAAGUUUGUGGUCCUUGCGUUCAAUCUCGUAUUUGUGCUCGUGGGGGCCGCUCUUAUCACCCUAGGCAGCCUCUACUUGGCCAACUUAAACGACAUCACUAAGGCCAUCCCGGACCCCUACGACCACUUCAAUCUCAUCCCCAUCCUGACAAUCGUCAUCGGCUCUAUCAUUUUCCUGAUCUCGUUCUUCGGCUGCUGCGGCGCCUGCAGGAACAGCCCGUGUCUCCUCUCCACGUACGCUGUGAUCCUCCUCAUCAUCUUCAUAGCCCAGAUAGCGAUCGGAGUGUUCGCGUUUUUGGAAAUUAAAAACACAGACGACUUGGGGAAAGAAGUUAAUAAGACUAUAGAUGAAGUGUUCCACAAGACGUCCAAAGCCGAUGUUGAACUUAUCAACUUGAUCCAGCAAGAUAUAAAGUGUUGUGGGACCGAUGGGCCAAGUUUUUGGGCCACUACGCCAAAUAAAACCAUCCCGUCUUCCUGUUACGAGGACCAAAAAAACCUAAAGGGUUUGUUCCAGGAAGGGUGCCAAGGAGCGUUCUAUAAUUUCCUGAUGGAUGCUGCCAGGAUUAUCGGGAUUGUUGUUUUGGUCUUGGCGGUCACUGAAGUUGUGGGGGCCACGUUUGCCUUGUGUUUGGCGAACUCAGCGCGAAACGCCCUCCGAAGGAAUGAUUACUAUUAGACAUAGAAGUAUUUUUCCAAAAUUAUUCUUGUGUGUAUUCCUGUCUGCCUAAACUAGACUGUUUACAACUUAUAUUAUAUAAUAAGAAUAUACGAGUACUUUACAUGAACCUUUGCACGGAGCAAAAACUUGUGUGAAAUGAUUUUCAAUAAACGAUUUAUUCUGUGGA